AUGCCGUUCCUGGAGGAUGUGCCCGUCCUGGGUCUCGUUCUCAAGGCCUACAGCCCCCGCCUUGUUGUCUCGAUUGGUCUUGAGCGUGUCUUCGCGAAGGGUCUCGCACACGGCUUCAUGCGCUUCUCCAUUCAACCGAUGUUGACGCGCCGCUACGGUCUGUCGGGUGCCAUGUAUCAGCGCCUGUCGACUCUGUACGCGCUGGGCUGGUCAGUGAAUUCCUUCACGGCGAUCGCCGACACGUUUGCCCUCUUCGGCUACACGAAGCGGUGGUACUGCGUGGUGUGCACCCUUGGCUGCGGCGUCUUCGGCCUGCUCUACGGCCUGCUGCCUGCGAAGGAAUCCAGCGCGAAGCCGGCUGCUGCGUUCAUGUUUUUGACCGCGCUGUUUUUGGCAAACGUGGACACCUUCGCAUCGGCCAUCUACAGUCGGCGCAUCCGUCGCAACCCCGCGAGUGGUGCGGCCCUGGUGAGCUGGGCGUGGGGCUGCGCCUUGUUCGGCGCCAUGCUCGCUGCCGCCGUGCAGGGCUCGUUGACUGAUCACAACGUCACACAGGUUGGUAUUUACAUCGCCGCGGGUCUCCUCUUCUUCCUCAGUACGCUGUUCAUCUUUAACGUGUUUGGUGAGCAGCCAAACCGCGUUGCUCGCGUGGAGGACGCGAAGGCCGACUACAUCAUCAAGAGGCGCGAGGAGCGAGCGCCCGGGCAGAAGCAGCACGACGCCGAUCUUGACUUCGACGACAAGAAAGAGCUCGUGAAGGCGGUGCCGGAGGGGGAAGACGAGGAAGACUUGGCGGGCUUCGUGGAGCCGGAGGUGGACAGUGUGCUGUGGGGGGUCAUCGAGAUAAACAAGGAGGUCGUGACCCGCAACUGGCUCAUCAUCAUCUACUGCUGCCUGAACACGGCUGCCGUGGUCGCAACGGCCGUCGUGACGAUUCUCGGCACUCGUUGGGAUAUGAUGUGGGCGUGCGUGGCGAUGACCAUUGCCGUGUGCGGCUUUGGCUUCUUCAUGCUCCCGCUGAUUGUCGCCAAGGCCGGUACCUUCAUCUACCUGUUCAACAUUUUUUACCUCCAGCUUCCCGGCGUGCUGAACACCUUUUACGUCGCCAAGCCCAAGUGCUUGCCCGAUGGUCCGCACUUCAACUUCACCUUCUACAACCUCAUGAACGGCAUCAUCGGCAACGUGUGCAGUAUUAUCGGCAUCUCCAUCUUUGCCCACUGCUGCCAGAACUUGAGCUACCGCGCCAUCAUGGGAUCGUCGGCCAUCAUAAUUCCCCUCAUUUCAAUGUUCGACCUGAUCAUUGUGGAGCGGUGGAAUAUGUACAUCGGCAUCCCUGACCACGCCACGUACAUCCUGGGCGAAGGCGUCAUCUACUCCACAAUGAACAUGCUUAUUUCGAUGCCGGCAAUGCUGUUGAUGUCUCGCGUGGCGCCCCGCGGCUCCGAGUCGAUGGUGCUGGCGCUACUGAGUGCCGUUGCUCGCGUGGGUUCGUCGACCUCGUCUUCCCUGGGCUACCUGCUGAUGGAGACGAUCUGGCCCGUGGUGACGAGAGGCCAGUGCGACUACGACAACGCGCCGUGGCUGCUGAUCGCCGGCCACAUUGUGCUUCCUCUGUUCAUUGUGCCGCUGGCCUUUUUGCUGCUGCCCGCCUCUCGCAUCUGCGCCACGUUGGACGAGAACGGCGAUGAGGUUGAGGAGGUCAUUUUUCCUGACGCCGACAUGGACGUACAGCACGCGGAGGCGGACACAGCUGCCUCUCCCACGCGUGCCGAGUGGAACGGGACGGAGCAGCGCUCGCGUGUCUCAGUCGACGAUCGGCCGCACAAGUCCGGUCGCGUGGAGUGA